AUGUCGAACCUCAAUUUCCCUUACUCGAGCGCUCCUCUGCGCACCGUGGAGGAGAUUCAGUUUGGCCUCUUCUCGGCCAAAGAAACUGAACGCCUCGCGGUCAUCGACAUCGAAUAUCCUGAGACGAUGGAUGAGCAGCGCCUCAGACCUCGCGAGAAAGGUCCCAACGAUCCUGCUCUUGGUACGAUCGACCGUAACUUCAAAUGCAGUACUUGUGAAGAAAACAUGGCUGAAUGCCCUGGUCACUUUGGCGUCAUCAAGCUUGCAACUCCGGUCUUCCACUACGGGUUCAUGACCAAGGUCAAGAAGAUUCUGGAGACGGUCUGUCACAACUGUGGCAAGAUCAAGGCACUUGAUUCCGAAGAAUUUCGUCACGCCGUUUCUCUCCGAGACCGAAAACGACGCUUCGACGCCGUGUGGCGGUUGAGCAAGCCUCGGCUGGUCUGCGAAGCGGAUCCUCCUGAAGAUCCUGACCAACCUCUCAAGGGGCCUUCUCAGCCUAAGCAUGGCGGCUGUGGCAAUGCGCAACCAGAGAUACGAAGAACGGGUCUACAAUUGUGGGCGACAUGGAAACCAAGAAAGGGUGAAGAGGACGAAGACAUCACUCCAGACAAGAAGAGAAUCUUUCCCCAGGAUGCGUUGAAUACUUUCCGCACCCUGACCGAUGAAACCUUGGAAAUGAUGGGCCUCAGUCUCGAUUAUGCGCGACCGGAAUGGAUGAUCUUGUCGGCGCUUCCGGUUCCUCCUCCGCCCGUCCGUCCUAGCAUCAGCGUGGACGGCAGCGGUCAAGGACAACGUGGUGAAGACGACCUUACAUUCAAACUCGGCGAUAUUAUUCGAGCCAACCAGGCGGUACUCCGUACUGAAGUCGAUGGGACACCUGAUCACAUCAAGGUUGAUCUUUGCGACCUUCUUCAAUAUCACAUUGCCACGUACAUGGAUAACGAGAUUGCCGGCUUGGACAAAGCGCAGCAUAAGAGUGGUCGACCCAUCAAAUCAAUCCGCGCUCGACUGAAAGGAAAAGAAGGCAGACUGCGCCAGAAUCUCAUGGGAAAACGUGUCGACUUUUCGGCUCGUACCGUCAUCACCGGUGAUCCCAACCUCUCCCUGGACGAAGUCGGUGUUCCGCGAAGCAUCGCCCGCACGUUGACCUACCCGGAGACCGUCACCCGUUUCAACGCGGACAAGCUCAAGCGUCUCGUCGCCAACGGUCCGAAUCUGCAUCCUGGUGCCAGAUAUGUCAUUCGAGACACCGGCGAGCGUAUCGAUCUGCGGCAUCACAAGCGUACCGGAGAUAUGAUCUUGCAAGCCGGCUGGAAAGUCGAACGACAUAUUCAAGAUGGGGAUGUCAUUCUCUUCAACCGUCAGCCAUCUCUCCACAAGGAAUCCAUGAUGGGACAUCGAGUCCGCGUCAUGCCUUACUCCACCUUCCGCCUCAACCUCUCCGUCACCACUCCCUACAACGCUGAUUUCGAUGGGGAUGAAAUGAACUUGCACGUUCCGCAGGGCGAAGAGUCUCGAGCCGAGCUCGCCAAUCUUUGCAUGGUCCCUCGUAACAUUGUGUCUCCGCAACGAAACGGCCCGUUGAUGGGUAUUGUGCAGGAUACUCUGUGCGGUAUCUACAAGAUCUGUCGUCGUGAUGUCUUCUUGAGUCGAGAGCAAGUCAUGAACAUUAUGCUCUGGGUUCCCGAUUGGGAUGGGGUGAUUCCUCAACCCGCUAUCAUCAAGCCCAGACCUCGCUGGACGGGGAAGCAGAUGAUCAGUAUGGUGCUCCCAGCGGCCCUGAACCUUGAAAGACUCGACGCCAAGGGUGAAGACCCAUAUGUGCCUACGAACGACACGGGGCUGAUGGUCCUCGAAGGAAACUUAAUGUUCGGCUUGUUCAGCAAGAAGUUCGUCGGCACCAGUGCUGGUGGGAUCGUCCACACCAUUUUCAAUGAAUUUGGUCAUGAUGCCGCCAUGCAAUUCUUCAACGGUGCACAAACCGUGGUUAAUUAUUGGCUGCUGCAUAACGGCUUCAGCAUCGGCAUUGGUGACACAGUGCCUGACCCCGAAACGGUUCUCAAGGUCCAAGCAGCCGUCGACGCCAAGAAGGCCGAAGUGGACGAAAUCACGAUCCGGGCUUACAAGGAAGACCUGGAACCAUCACCGGGUAUGAACAUCCGCCAAACCUUCGAGAGCAAGGUCAUGAACUCUCUCAAUCAAGCUCGUGACCAGGCAGGCGCUGCAACCGAAGACAGCUUGAAAGAUCUCAACAAUGCCAUCACCAUGGCUCGCGCCGGUUCCAAAGGUUCGACCAUCAACAUUGCACAAAUGACCGCCAUUGUCGGUCAACAGGCUGUGGAAGGCAAGCGUAUUCCGUUCGGCUUCAAGUAUCGCACUCUACCCCAUUUCGCCAAGGACGAUUACUCCGCCCCGUCUCGAGGCUUUGUCGAGAAUUCCUAUCUCCGAGGCUUGACCCCCACGGAAUUCUUUUUCCACGCCAUGGCCGGUCGUGAAGGUCUUAUUGAUACCGCUGUCAAGACUGCCGAGACUGGUUACAUUCAACGCCGACUUGUCAAGGCUCUUGAAGAAGUGACCGUCAAAUACGACUCGACGGUCCGUGACUCGCGUGGAAAUGUCAUUCAAUUCAUCUACGGCGAAGAUGGUCUUGAUGGUGCGCAUAUUGAAAACCAAAAAGUCGACAUCAUCACCAUGUCCGACAAGGCAUUCAACAAUCGCUAUGCUGUUGACAUCAUGAGCGGCGACAUCUCUAUGUGGAGAGGCAAAUUGCUCCAAGCUCGAGAACUUCAAGGUGACACCGAAUUGCAGGAGAUGUUCGAUGAGGAGCUUGAGGCUCUUCGAGAAUCUCGAGACUUCUUACGAAAGAUGGGCAAAGGCACCGAGGAUUCGAUGCAAUUGCCACUCAAUAUUGGCCGAAUCAUCGACCAAGCGCAAAAGAACUUCAAGAUCCGUCGUGGCGACAAGACCGACCUCGAUCCUCGUCAUGUUCUUCCAUCGGUCAAGUCACUGCUGGACCGCCUCAUUGUUGUUCGUGGGGAAGAUGCGAUUUCGAAAGAAGCUCAGAACAAUGCCACUCUUCUCUUGAAGGCACAGCUACGUUCUCGACUCGCAUACAAGCGACUUGUUCUCGAACAUGGGAUCAACCGACUGGCAUUUGACAACAUCAUCGGUGGUGUGGAAAGUCGAUUCAUUGCGGCCGCCGCGGCGCCCGGUGAAAUGGUGGGUGUUUUAGCUGCCCAAUCUAUCGGCGAACCUGCCACCCAGAUGACUCUGAACACGUUCCACUUUACUGGUGUGUCGGCUAAAAACGUGACCUUGGGUGUCCCUCGUCUCAAGGAAAUUUUGAACGUGUCUCAAAACAUCCGAACCCCAUCCAUGACGGUCUACCAACUUCCUGAGAAUGCGGGCGACAAAGAGUCAGCUAAACUCCUUCGAAGUCGCGUCCAACAUACCAAUCUGCGAUCCGUGGCCGAGGCUUGCGAACUGUGGUACGAUCCCGAUAUCCAGAGCACCAUCAUUCCCGAGGAUCUGGACAUGGUCGAAUCUUACUUCAUCAUCCCCGAGGACAGUGAUCAGGAUUUGGCUGCUCACUCUAAAUGGCUGUUGCGUAUCACACUCAGCCGUGCCAAACUUCUCGAUAAGGGCCUCAACAUUCAAGAUGUCGCUUCGAAGAUCAAGUCAACGUACGGAAAGGAUCUCUCGGUCAUUUUUAGCGAUAUCAAUGCCGACGAGCAAAUCAUCCGGAUUCGACUGGUCCAGAACUAUGGUAAAGAUGAGGACGAAGAUCGAAAGGAAGAUGAUGAGGUUCUUCGUCGUUUCUUGAACGAAAUGCUCGACCAUCUGACUUUCCACGGUGUUCCUGGCGUGACUCGAGCCUUCAUUGAUCAGAAGAGCCGUGCCAUCAUCAAUGACGAUAAUUCGGUCUUCAUGGCCAAGAGUGAUCCCCGUUGUAACGAGUAUGUUCUCGAGACCAGUGGCAGUUCUUUUGCAAAGGUUCUCGCAAUCGAAGGUGUUGACACCGCUCGUACCUACACCAACCGCUUCACCGAAGUGUUUGAGGUCCUUGGGAUUGAGGCUACUCGCGCGGCCAUUCUUCGCGAACUGACUCAAGUGUUGUCAUUCGAUGGCUCUUAUGUCAACGCUCGCCACUUGGGCAUCCUGUGCGAUGUGAUGACUUCACGUGGCUACGUCAUGGCUGUCACUCGUCAUGGCAUCAACAAGUCCGAUACUGGGGCCCUCAUGAGAUGUUCUUUCGAACAGACUGUGGAGAUUCUGCUUGAAGCGGCAGCUGCUGGCGAACUAGACGAUUGUCGAGGUGUGUCCGAGAACUUGAUCCUGGGUCAACCUGCUCCUGUCGGCACGGGAACGAUGGAGAUCCUCCUCGACCAGAACAUGCUUUCGACCGUCGUCGACAAUGGCAGUUACGGCCUUGGCGCCGCCAUUGGCGUUAAAAGCUCUCAACAACUCCUCGAUGGCGCUGCCACUCCCUAUGAUUCAGGUUCGCCGAUGCCAGAUAACAACUACCUGGGCUCUCCUGACUACGGUGCUUCCUUCUCACCCAUUGCCGCUUCUGGUUCCGAGACUCCAGGAGGGUUUACCGACUAUCAACCGGGUUUUGGUGGUGCUGGAGGAUUCAGUCCAUACGGUUCGAGAAGUCCUGGAGGUUAUUCGCCUGCCAGUCCGUUUGGUACCAGUCCCAGUUCACCUGGCUUCUCGCCUACCGCAGGAUAUUCUCCCACUUCGCCGAUGUUUGGCGCCACCAGUCCUGGAUUUGGUCCGACAUCACCAUCCUUCUCUCCAGCGAGUCCAGCGUUUACCCCGACUUCGCCCGCAUACUCGCCGACUUCCCCUGGAUACCAAGCAUCGCCUACGUCGCCCAGCUAUUCUCCAACGUCGCCAAACUACUCACCAACAUCUCCUGCUUAUGGUUCACCGACGUCGCCAAGCUACUCUCCUACUUCUCCGGCUUUCAGUCCCACUUCACCUACAUCGCCUACCUCACCUGUAUAUAGUCCAACGUCACCUAUGUACAGCCCAACUAGCCCUAUGUAUGGUGGUAGUGGUAAUAAGCAGUCUCCAACGUCACCCAGCUAUUCGCCGACAUCACCAACUUACAGCCCGACUUCACCGACUUCACCGACCAGUCCAUCGUACUCACCGACGAGUCCGAUGUACAAUGCUUCUCCAAGAAGUCCCCAGGCUAGAUCGUCAUCUGUCACCAGCCCCCAAUAUUCUCCGAACAGUCCACAAUAUUCACCAACUUCUCCAAAAGAGGAUUGA